AUGUCGUCCAAAUUGUCCGUUUUACCCUCAACAAAAGAUUCUCCGUUGGGAAUGAUUGUGGACACAGAAUCAGCUGCAGGAACCGCAUGGGUAUUACCGGAGAAGUUGAAAAUGGAAGUUGGGGAGUCGAGGGUCCCGGAGGUGGCCCGCCACACCUUGAGCACGUCGAGGCACGGUGGGGACACCGCCACGUGGCGGGGCGGCGGCCGAGGGACUGGGAAGUGGCGGUGGAGUUGGGCCGGUUGUGAGGCGCGGGCCUCGGCCUCGAGCCGGGCGGCUUCCCACUGGGCCAUGUGGCUGAGUGUAGCCGCGUGUUGGGAUUGGGCCGAGCUACUGGUCUUGGGCUUGUGGGUUGUUGGGUCGAUGCCCAUUCUGGACAGGCGUUUCUUGAGGCGGGUCAGGCCCUGA